UAGCCGCUCUUACACACUUCAUAACGCCAGGAAGCACAGGAUUCCCCGUUAGGCUGCACGUUAUUCUGUUUACAAUUUUCGGUUUUGUUACUUUGGAAAAACAGUUUUUCCUGGACAAGUCAUAAUGGCUAUGCUGAGCAGGGACCUCCCGGAUAUUGAGAAUAUCCUGGCGUUAAAUCCCAGAGUGAAGAAUCAUGCUGCUAUCUGUUCUACAACCUCAAAGAAAACGGAAAAGAAGCUUUGGAAGAGAAACCCAGAGAAAGGCUGCGAUACCUGCAUGAAACUGGAGAACAAUUUUGAUGACAUCAAACACACGACUCUGAGUGAGCGAGGAGCACUCCGAGAAGCAAUGAGGUGUCUUAAAUGUGCAGAUGCACCAUGUCAGAAAAGCUGCCCAACCAAUCUGGACAUUAAAUCCUUCAUUAGUUGCAUUACUAACAAGAACUACUACGGUGCAGCAAAGGCCAUCCUGUCGGACAACCCGUUGGGGCUUACAUGCGGCAUGGUGUGUCCCACGUCUGACCUCUGCGUGGGGGGCUGCAAUCUCUACGCUUCGGAGGAAGGUCCCAUUAACAUCGGUGGACUGCAGCAGUUUGCCGUGGAGGUUUUCAGCCAGAUGGGUAUUCCUCAGGUUCGAAAUCCUCAACUGCCUCCUCCGGAUCAGAUGCCAGAGAGUUUCCACUCGAAGAUCGCCCUGAUUGGCUGCGGCCCAGCCAGCAUCAGCUGUGCCUCCUUCCUCGCCCGCCUUGGCUAUGACAACAUCACCAUAUUUGAGAAGGAGAAAUAUGUUGGGGGGUUAAGCACUGGAGAGAUCCCCCAGUUCCGGCUACCCUUUGAGGUGGUGCAGUUUGAGAUAGAACUAAUGAAGGACCUGGGUGUGAAGAUUGUGUGCGAGAAAGGCCUCGGUCAGGAUGGGAUGACUUUGACCACGCUGAAGGAGGAAGGAUACAAAGCGGUUUUCAUUGGAAUCGGUCUACCCCAGGCAAACAAGCACAAGAUCUUUGACGGCCUCUCAAGGGAGCAGGGUUUUUAUACAUCAAAGGACUUCUUGCCAGUGGUUGCCAAGGCCAGCAAAGCAGGAAUGUGUACCUGCCGCUCCCAGCUUCCUGAGCUGCAGGGCAACGUCAUCGUUCUGGGCUCUGGUGACACCGCCUUCGACUGUGCCACCUCCGCCCUCCGUUGCGGGGCCCGGCGUGUCUUCGUCGUUUUCCGAAAGGGGUUUACUAACAUCCGAGCCGUCCCUGAAGAGGUUGAACAUGCCAGGGAGGAGAUGUGUGAGUUCCUGCCCUUCCUGUCUCCGCGUAAAGUCAUCCUGAAGGGCGCACGAGUCUCCGGCAUGGAGUUCUGUCGUACUGAACAGACUGACGCUGGUGACUGGGCCGAGGACGAGGAACAAACCGUACGCCUGAAAGCCGAUUUUAUCAUCAGUGCCUUUGGCUCAUUGCUUAGUGACCCCAAAGUGAAAGACGCCAUGACUCCCAUCAAGUUCAACAGAUGGGGUCUCCCCGACCUGCACCCCGAGAGCAUGCGGGCGAGCGAGCCGUGGGUGUUCGCCGGCGGGGACCUGGCUGGCCAUGCGCACACCACUGUCGAGUCAGUCAAUGAUGGCAAGCAGGCUUCCUGGCACAUCCACAAGUACAUCCAGUCGCUCCACGGCGUGACAGUGGACAGUGACGCCCAGCUUCCCCUCUUCUAUUCCGCCAUUGACACUGUGGACGUCGGCGUGAAGAUCGCUGGGAUCUGCUUUCCGAACCCUUUCGGCCUGGCCAGCGCCCCCCCCACCACCAGCGCGCCAAUGAUCCGCAGGGCCUUUGAGGAGGGGUGGGGCUUUGCGGUCACCAAGACCUUCUCCCUAGACAAGGAUUUGGUCACCAAUGUCUCCCCGAGAAUUGUCCGUGGGACGACCUCAGGUCACAUCUUUGGCCCGGGACAGGGCUCCUUCCUCAAUAUCGAGCUCAUCAGCGAGAAGACGGCCGCGUACUGGUGCCAGAGUGUGAAAGAGCUCAAAGCAGACUUCCCUAAUAAUGUGGUGAUCGCAAGCAUCAUGUGCAGCUACAGCAAGCCGGACUGGACGGAGCUCUCCAAGAUGGCGGAAGCGUCUGGGGCAGAUGCUCUGGAGUUAAACCUGUCUUGCCCUCAUGGAAUGGGGGAACGUGGCAUGGGGCUUGCAUGUGGCCAGGACCCAGAGCUGGUGAGGAACAUCUGCCGGUGGGUGAGGAGGGCUGUCGCCAUCCCGUUCUUCGCCAAGCUGACCCCCAACGUCACGAACAUCGUAGAUAUCGCCCAGGCCGCGCACGAAGGUGGUGCAGAUGGCGUCACAGCGACCAACACUGUGUCCGGGCUGAUGGGGCUGAAGGCUGAUGGGACUCCCUGGCCCUCCGUCGGCCGAGGGAGCCGCACCACGUACGGAGGCGUGUCCGGAAAUGCUAUUCGGCCCAUCGCCCUGCGCGCCGUUUCCGCCAUAGCCAAGGCCUUGCCGGGGUUCCCUAUCCUGGCGACGGGAGGGAUCGACUCUGCCGAGGCCGGACUGCAGUUCCUCCAUGCCGGAGCCUCUGUCCUCCAGGUAUGCAGUGCUGUUCAGAAUCAAGAUUUCACGGUGAUCGAAGAUUAUUGCCUGGGGCUAAAGGCUCUCCUCUACCUGAAGAGUACCGAGGAGCUUAGUGGAUGGGAUGGCCAGUCUCCGCCCACUUUUCGCCAUCAGAAAGGCAAGAUGGUCCCCAAGGUGAAUGAGCUAUUGGGGAAGAGUCUCCCCAGUUUUGGCCCUUAUCUUGUGGAGAAGAAAAAGAUCUUAGCAGAUUAUAAGCAGAAGCUGAAAGACAUUGAUGUUACAACAGAAUCAGAGGGUCCAAGAAGAUACAAACCACAGAAACCCAUCCCUUGUGUUGAGGAUGUCAUUGGCAAAGCUCUGAGUCACAUUGGGGCUUACGGGGAGCUCAGCCACGAGGAGCAAGUGCAGGCGCUGGUGGACAAGGACAUGUGCAUCAACUGCGGCAAAUGCUACCUGACUUGUAACGACUCGGGAUACCAGGCUAUUACGUUUGACCCUGAGACCCAUCUCCCCAUGGUAACUGACAGCUGCACUGGUUGCACUCUGUGUCUGAGCGUGUGCCCCAUCAUCGACUGCAUCAUAAUGGUUGCCAGGACAACGCCGUAUGUGCCGAAGAGGGGCCUGCCUAAUGCAGUACAUCCUGUUUGCUAGGGGAGGCCUGGGCUGCAUUCACCGGAGAAAGGAGCUGACGUCUAUUCCGCAGCAUUGAUUCCGCACAGAAAGGCUGUGAGUGUGUGUGUGUGUGUGUGUGGUGGGAGAAUGAAAAGUAUUACCAAAACAAAGGGUUAUUUGGACAAAUUAUUCCCUUACAUUUCCAAGUCAAUUAUUCAGCAAUAAUUCUGUGCAAAUCGUGCUGCAUUAUUUCUAAACAAUAGCCAGCAAUGUUGUUGUCCUUUGUCAAGGCUGUGAUAAUGAAACUGAAGGAGAGGUUGGAAAUAAUGGAUGUUAAUGUACUGCUGUAGGACCCAUAAAGCAGUCCUACAUUUCUGUCUGCCUGUUAGAUUAAAGGCCGUCCACAAUCCUAAAGCAAUAAAAUAAGAUACUUUGUCAUGGAAAAAUAAUAAGACAGACGAGAAGUAAUAAUGAACAGAGAUGAAUGUAGCUUUGAAAUGUUCUGCCUUUGAUUAUCUGUGAAGUCGCUGCUCUCAGACUGCAGGUGGCCCCGUUUAAACCUUAAUAGUUUGUUUACCUCCUAUUGCUCCUAGUAAAUCCAUGUAGUGACAUGCAAUGUAUGUUAUUUGUGCAUUUCCUUUGUUUGGCAUCCUAACAUACAGUUUGCAUGCAACAUCAAUAGUUGUGAUAAAAUUUCACUGUUCAUUAAUUUUUUACAUGUGUUACAUUGUUAAUAUAAUAACCUUUCACUUAUUUUGGCCCAAUAACACACAAUGCGCAGAAUAAUUAAUCGAAUAAGACUAAUAAUAUGUUACUAAUAAGACUGGUGGGUAUAAUAUGGUUUUCACAGAAAUUUGAUCAUUGUUAUAUCAGUCUAAGAUCCCUGCAUUUUUUUCUUUAGGAGAAAUGCAACAUUAUUCUCUUGUUAUGUUUUAUUGAUUGAGGAACUGAUGCAAAAUAUGUCAUGUAAUGAAUAUGCACAAAAUAAUCCGGUUCAGUUUUUAAAACCGCAUAUUUUUCAGUUGUCUGUAUAUUUUAGCUGUACACAUUGUGUUUGAGUAACUCUAUAGUGUACACAUAACCACCAUAUAAGACUUAAUAAUACCUUCAUCUGAAAUGCUAUAAAAUGUGUCUUUGGUGCAUGUAUUGGUUUUUGUUUUUAAUUCAGGUUUGUCCAGAGCUGUGCCUUUAACAGAAGUGACCUUAAAAAAAAUCUCAAGAGAUCACAUCUCACCCCUUACUAAUGUCGCCUGUGCCUUAUGUCUAAUGAUUUCUUUUCCAGUCCUUGUUAUAUGAACUAUGACUGGAGAAAAUUAUGUCUGAACUAUGCAGAAUGGAUUUCUGUAACAAUAGGUGUAAUCAAGUAUAUCGUAUUGAAGAAACAAAUAAUUAUAAAGAAAGUAAAUAUCUGGCCAUAAAAAUAAAGCAGUAAAAUCCCA